GAGGGAACAUCUUGAUGCCUGGAUCUACAAGUCUUUUUCUAUGCAUGAUAUUCAAGAAUGCUGUAGCUUGACAAGAAGAUUUCUCUGUGGGACUUCUAGUGCAACCUCUCAUUUUUGGAGCUGAAAUUCACUUCUGUGCAAGGACUACUGAGAAGUAUCAUUAUGUCCUGGUUUGAGAGCAGUAGUUGGAAUUGAGAUGUGCAAGGCCUCAGAUGAGCUGCUCAUCCCUGCUGGUGCGGCAGAGCCUUGGCCUGAAAAUGCUGCAUUGUAUCAGCAACUGAAGGAGGAACAAAUUUUGCUUUCUGAUAAUGCAUCCUCUCUUGCUGUUCAGGCCUUUUUGCAAAUGUGCAAUCUGCCAGUCCGUGUGGUCUGUAGGGCAAACGCAGAGUAUAUGUCCCCAUCUGGCAAAGUGCCCUUUAUUCAUGUGGGAAAUCAAGUAGUAUCUGAACUUGGGCCCAUAGUCCAGUUUGUAAAAGCCAAGGGCCAUUCUCUCAGUGAUGGGUUGGAUGAAGUCCAAAAAGCUGAGAUGAAAGCCUACAUGGAAUUAGUCAAUAAUAUGCUCUUGACAGCAGAGUUGUAUCUCCAGUGGUGUGAUGAUGUUACAGUAGAGGAGAUUACUCACCCGAGGUAUGGCUCCCCUUACCCGUGGCCUCUUAACCGCAUUUUGUCCUAUCAGAAGCAAUGGGAGAUCAGGCGAAAGAUGAAAGCCAUUGGAUGGGCUGGCAAGUCACUUGAACAGGUGCUUGAAGAUGUAGAUCAGUGUUGCCAGGCUCUCUCCCAGAGAUUAGGAACACAACCAUAUUUCUUCAAUAAGCAACCAACUGAAUUGGAUGCUCUGGUAUUUGGACAUCUGUUCACAAUCCUUACUACUCAGCUAACCACUGAUGAACUCUCUGAAAAAGUGAAAAACUACAGUAAUCUCAUAGCCUUUUGUAGACGAAUAGAGCAGCAGUACUUUGAGGGUCAUGAUAAAGACAGCUCUUCAAGUGCUACAUCCAGGUCUGCUAAGAGGUCCUUACUAAGAUAAGCAUGUUGUUUGGUCGGGAUGGAUCUUGUCUGAGAAGUGACUAUUGUUUUUGUUGUUCAAUUAAUUGGUUUUGAAAAUUGAAAGAUAUGUUAGAUUUUUGAAGCUGCCAAUUCAUUCUGGAGCAAGAAAAAGCUUUAAAUGCAGUUGUUGUGUUGUAGAAUAUAUUGUACACAUCUAACCUGAAAUGACUCUAUGGGGCACUUCCAUUUUAAUAGCCUGUAUGCCACUUUAAGAUUAAGUGACCUUGGAAAAAUCCUGUAUCUAUAUUCAAAAAUAAAAUACUUUAAAAAGUU